AUGUCCACAAGAGGUCGUUUCGUUCGGUUUAUAAUUCUACUUACGGCGGCCCUCUUCGCGAUCCUUCUCCUCUUGAGUGCUCUGCAGCAAACGGAUGAGCUGAGACCCAGUACUUUGGGUCGUAAUGGAGGAGAAACAGGUGUAGGAAAGGUAACUCCACCGCCGACUCACCACCUGGAGGAGCCCAUGAAAGAGGAGCUGGUGCGACAAUUGGAGCAGGAACUGCCCGAGGUAGACUACGGCUUCUGGUACCAUUGGGCAAAGCCCAUGAGCUACAAGAUAAACAGGACAUGUGCCCCAUAUCCUGAUCCUCUGGACCUGCAGUUGCACAACAUCUACUGGCAGACCUUUGUGAACUCAAACGUGACCUUCCGCCUGUAUGCCGCAUAUUAUGACAGAAGAAAGGCGGUCAAACUGCCCACGGUAAGGGUUUUGGCCACUGCCAAUCAGAUCGGAUACGAGUUUCCACCAACCCACUGCCAAUUGUGGUUCGAGGACUAUCGAGAGCCCAUUGUGGUGCCUGUAGCGGAGUUCCUGAGCGUGUGGCUCAAAGAGUGGGGCAGAAAACCGAAACUAAACUAUCCGCACUUGCUCAGUUGUCCGGUUCCUAGUGAAUUGCCGCCGAAUUUGUCCCAGGCCUUGCCCAGAACAGUGUCAUUAGUCUCAAGCCGUUGCGAGAAAGCCAGCAACUCCCUGAGGGUCAACGUGAACCAAAAGCAGCCAGCGGUAGCUCUGCCAUCUCAGAAUACCAACUUCACCAACGGCCAAAAUGUGUCUGAGGCACCAUUAAGCUUUGGGGUUUGCCUCAAGGGCUUCGACUUUCCCUAUAUGGAUCUAUCGGAUCGCCUGAUCGAGUGGUUUGAGCUGCAGCGAAUUCUUGGUGCCUCACAGAUCUAUGCCUAUAUGUACGAUGUGCAUCCGGCAGUUCAGAGGGUCUUGGACUAUUAUCAGCGCACUGGAUAUUUGGAGCUGAGACCUUUGACCUUGGCCAAUGGGAUGCCCAGGCUGAGGCACUACCAGCACAUGCUGCUGCAGGAGAGGAAGCUGGAGAAGAGAUUAAAUGAGCUCAUACCCUACAACGAUUGCUUCUACAGGAAUCUGUAUCGUCACGAUUACCUGGUGAAUGUUGAUGUCGAUGAGGUGAUAAUGCCCAAGGGUCAGAAUCGCAAUUGGCAUCAGUUGGUGCAGAAGACCCAUGAUUUGGAGACUGAAAAGGGUGGCACAUGUGCUGGUCGCUUUCCCGCCCUGUGCUUCAUAAACUCAUACUUCACCAAAGUGGUUCCCGAGGUGAGCAACCACGAGGAGCAGGCCAUCGCCGGGGAGUUGUUUUUGCUGCUGCACACGCAGAGGCUAACCAACUACUCUUCGCCAGGAAAAGCCACAAAGUGCUUCCACAAUGCCCGUCUCUCCUUGACGUUGCACAACCACUUUACCCUCAAGUGGCUGCCCGGCGCCUGUAAUCCCCGCACCAUAGAUACGUCGGUGGCUCAAAUGCAGCACUACCGCGAACCCGAUGUCAAAUAUAACCUCACCGAUUUGACGGAGGAUCGCAGUGCCUGGAAGUUUGCCAGCGAACUGCGUGCCGCUGUGGAAUAUGUGUGGCUCCAUCUGGACGACAUGCUGGCCCAAGUCAGCGAUCUCGAGGAGCAGCAGCAGCUGGAGGAGUCACUCGACCAGGAAGGCGACGAGCUCGAGCGGGAGCAACAGCCUCUCCAGCCAAUUGUUCCGGCUCCUCCGCAACCCGUAUCCUAAGAAGAGGCUCAGUAAAGGUUUUAGUUUAUAGUCUUGGUGCUUGAAGGUUUCUUGACGGUCAACUGCUCAUCCGGUUCCUAGAAUUGUGUCUAUCUGAUUCAUUUUCCAUUUCGGUUGGCCUUCAUUAGGAUUUCCUUGACAGAGUUUUAAUUACUUUCGUAAUCUUAUGUUGCCCAGCUAGUUAGCAGGGGGGGACCCGAUAAAGUAGCACCUCAGAAUCGAAACCGCGAUUGUACAAUUAAUAUAUGAUUUUUU